AUGUCGUCCUUAUCUCCAGACCAGCAUUCCUAUACCCAGAUGGCGGAUCGGGACCUCGAAGACAUCGGCAAACACUGCGAGUUUGAAUUCUGUAGACAGCUGGAUUUCCUUCCGUUCAGAUGUGAAUCGUGUAAGGGAACCUUCUGUCUUGACCACCGAACGGAAACGACCCAUAAAUGCCCCAAGGCUGGAGAAUGGGCUGCUCGUCGACGAGCAGGACAGGGUACCGGCGAAUCUGCGACUCUAUCACCGAAACCUACGGUUUACAACUCUACACAGUGCUCUCACCCAUCAUGUAAGGCACUCAUAUAUACGAUGGCAAAUGCCGGUGUCCACUGCCAGAACUGCAAUAGGGAGUACUGUCUUUCACACCGAAUGAGGGAGGACCAUGACUGUAGCAACCUCACACCGCUAGGCGCUAGUCCGGCUUCAGUGGCCUUUGCAUCUUCUGCGGAUAAGGCGCGACAAGCAUUCUCUCGCCUACGGAGCUGGGGUAAAGCCAAAACUUCAACUACUACUACUGCCGCUUCCCAGUCCUCAAAACCUAAAAAACCUUCAGCCGCAUCACGAAUGGCGCAGUUAAACGCCCUAAAGAAGAACGCAAAGGGCGACCCUAACUUGGACACAUCCAAGCGGUUCUAUCUUCACGUCGAGGCCUCUGCUGAUACUACGACGGCUAAAUACCCUACCGGAGAUUUUUACUUUGACGUCGGAUGGAGUGUUGGCAAGAUAUUAGACGAUGCAGCGCGGAGGUUACAGGUACAGAAUGUCAAUAACCGUUCUGCUGGGGAAGAAAACCGGUUAAGGAUAUUCCACGUCGAGGGAGGCAAGCUGUUGGAUUUCUCCAACAAGAUUGGCAGCUGCUCCGUGUCCCAGGGUGAUACCAUUGUUCUUCUCAGAGGAGUCGGCCCGCCAGUUCCUGACUUGAUUGAGAUGUAG